UGGGGGCCAUUAUUAGGCCCGCUAACCCAGUUACCCAACCCAACCCAAUCCUACAAAAAACCAAACUACUAAAAACUAAAAACCCAAUCUGAAAAACUCGCUUUGAUCUGAAAAUUUAAAAAAAACACAGAAAACACAAUGAUCAGCGUUCUUGCUCAGGAGCGAUUACUUGGUGCUGCACUUGGAGGUGGUUUAACGGCCGUCAUCAUCUUCGAUAAUCGCAGAAACAUUUACAGAACAAUUUCUGAGAAUAAUGCUAAAUUUGGCAAUCAACCUCAGGAAGAUACAGAGAAAAGUGUAGGCGACUCUCAUCCAAAGAGAGACCUAAACUAUAAACUAUCACAUUUACAGGGAAGCCAAUAAAGUCUUAAAGAAACUAUCAAAACUUGGUCACUUUCUUGGAGGGUCAACCCUAGGCAUCGAUACUCAGUCACUGGAAUUUAUUCAUGGUGGUAGUUAGAUAUUCGAAUAUGUAUAUGUUCAGGUAAUUGUAAGUUCCGAUGUUGUAUUGAUGAGCUCUGAGAUGGCUUUGCAUUGGCAUGGAAUUCACUCUUGAAUUAGAUAGGUUGAUAAACACUUUGGUCGUCAUCAGAGAUAAACAAUGUGAACAAUUCUUCUGCGCCGCUGUAUCAUGUAUUUCUUUCUAGGAAUUGCUGUCGUAGCACGUGAUGUUUGUUCCAUGAGCUUUAUGGCCAUAUAUGAUAUAUCUGUGAUGUGCGUUUCUGUUUUGUUAAAUGGAUGCAGAUGGUAAAUGAGAAAUAGCAAACACCAUUACUAAGGCUUCUUUUGGUAGGGCGUAAAACAUUUUUGUGGAAAACCGUUUUCCUCUAUUUUUAAUUUUUACAUUGUUUGGUUUGCAAUAUAGUGUAAAAUCAUUUUCCCUAAGAGUAAAAUUGCUCUCGCAAUGAUGGAAAACCAUUUUCCCUUCAAAAAUGAAGGAAAAACUGUUUUCCUUCUUUUUUCUUAUCUCUAUUGUACACUCCUCCCACAACCUUUUUACUUUUCCUUUCGUUUCAUUAUUUUUCUUAUGUUGAACCAAACAACAAAAAAAAAAAAAAACUAAUUUCGAAAUUGUGUUUUUCAUUAAAAUCAUUUUACACUGAAAAAAUGUUCUACACUCAACCAAAUGGAGUUUAACAGUAAAUUAAUUAGGUUAUUAAGUGCAUCAUCUUUAUUUAAUUGCAUGUAUUCACAUGUGAUCCCUGGUUAAACAAUGAAAGCACAUGUAUUUACCCACGGACAUGAACGCUUUUACUUUUAAUAGAUGCGUCGACAAGAAAUGGUAAACACCAUCAUUGCUAAGAGACAGCGCGUAUUACUUUGGUAUUUACUUGAAUGUGCAUCUUCUUGUGCUCAGUUUAAAUAUGAAAUCAUUCACUGCAUAUAUGAAAACAGCAGAUUUGAGAUUGUUUUUGUAGAGAUUGUCUGUUAGAAAAGAUGGUGAAAAAUUUCUGCUAUAGUCACAAAGAUUUCUUAUACAACAGUUAUAGGGGCUUUUUUCCCGCUCCAAGUCUGUCUCCGACUGCCAUUCUUGUCUGAGUUCAAGUUUUCAUUCAAUAUAGCUAGCAAUGUGUUGCUUAAAAUCAUUGCUUGUUUUAGUUUUCGACAUUAUGUUUUGUUUUACCUUGAUCAUAGCUGUUCAUGCUUUGCACUUUCGAAGAUAGACUUAUGCACAAGAUUGGCAAUGAGUUACCGAUGCUAAAAACUCUCUGUUUUCAUUCAUAAGCUAAUACACUAAACUCCUCUCAAAAAGAAAAAGAAGGAUCCUAAAUCAUGCGGGCUCACAUAAGUAAGCAUGCAACAAGUAAUGUCAUAAUAGGGAGAAUCAGGGAGGAGGGAUGGUAGUCCUUCCCAUCUCACAUCUGCUCAAAAAACGGAAUAAUAUUUAACAGUGGAUGAAAAGCUGUAAGCCUGAAGGCUGUAGCAGACAUACAAUGGUCGAGCGGUUGCUAAUAUUGAUAGGAUAUCUAAACAUCUGGUUGAACAACUUUAGUACGAUUGGCAUUUGCUUGACGUGUCUUCGCCAUGUAGUAGAUACCCAUCGCAAGGGAGAGAAUAAUAAUGGCUGCAAAAAGAGGGCCAACAAUUGCUCCAGCUCCAAUUCUAGUGUGUGUUUUUGGCAUUGCUGUUGUUGUUGCUGUUUCCGAUUGUGUUUCAUGUACUUGAGCUGCUAGCGGAAGUGGUGCACAAUUUGAUGAUCUACAUGAGUCUUGAUGAGUG